GUUCACUCCGCUGUAUUUUCGUUUCGUCAGCCAGGUGGGACAGGGGGUUUGGGGCUGCACACAGCGGACACAGGACAGACACAGGACAGAGACACGGACAUGAAGCUCUUCUGUUCGCUGCUGCUGCUCUUCCUGUCGGCGGGCAGCGGCCACAGCUGGAAUGAAGGCAGCGUGCUGCUGCGGGACGUCCAGGCGCUGACGCUGCACAGGGGUCGCUACACCACGGCGAGGCGCUCCAGCCCCGUGCCUCAGCUGCAGUGUGUUGGAGGCUCGGCCGGGUGCAAGGCCUUCGCCCCCGACGUGGUCCAGUGUCAGAACAAGGGCUGGGAUGGAGUGGAUGUGCAGUGGGAGUGUAAGACGGAUAUGGACAACGCGUACCGGUUCGGCCGCAUCGAGGUGAGCUGCGAGGGCUUCAGCCAUCCUGAUGACCCCUACGUCCUGAAGGGCUCCUGCGGGCUGGAGUACACGCUGGAGCUGACCGAGGAGGGCCGCUCGAGGACGUGGAGUUCCCACUUUGGAUCCGACGGAUUAGGAGGUUUUGGACAAUUUGCCUCCAGUUUCUUCAGCGGUUUCUCUGGCAACAAGCACCAUCAUCAUCAGCAGCAGCAGCAGCAGCAGCAGCAGCAGCAGAGGCGUCAGAGCUCGUUCCCCUCGAGCGGGGAAGACUCAGGAAGCCUGCUGGUGGUGGUGCUGCUGCUGCUGCUGGCCUACGGCGUCUACAAGCUGUUCCUCAGCGGGAACACAGACCAGGGCGGGCAAGACAGCGGACAGGCAGGUUACCCUGGAGACAAUCACCAAGGUUACGCUGGGGGACCCCCGCCACCUGGAUUCAAACCUGAUUUUACAAGCUACGGCGGUGCCAACCCGGGCUACGCCGGUGCCAACCCGGGCUACGCCGGUGCCAACCCGGGCUACGCCGGUGCCAACCCGGGCUACGGCUUCCACAGUGACUACACCUAUGGCCAGCGGCACCCAGGGGCCCACGCUACACAGGGGACAGGAGGUGGCUUCUGGACAGGCAUGGGGACAGGAGGGAUGCUGGGAUAUCUGUUUGGUCGCCAGAGGAACCAGCCCCCCAGUUACGCUCAGAGCCAUUACACUGACAGCAGCCCCCGUCCUGGCAGAGGGUCCAGCUCCAGCUCUGGCACACGCACUGCAUCAGGUUUUGGAGGAACAAAGAGAAGAUAGAGGCUGUGGAAAGCGGAGGGGAUCUCUUGAGCUCAUCAGGGGCCCAGCAGACCAGACAGGCCCGCCUCCUUCCUCAGCUGGAGCGCCAAGUUUGCAUUCAUGUAGAAAGCAGAUGAGCUCCACCUCUUUCCUCUUGGCUUGUCAGAAACGUCAAAAACAUGGAUGAAGGCCAUCAGUUAAUGUGAAGGUUCAGCAGCUCAACAGUUUCAUAACUUUGCUAAUCACUUAUACAAGUAGAGAUUUUCUGAUCAACUACUGAUGGAGUGCACUUGAUUUUCAUGAAUGCAUAAUUUUCUCUUUUGUUUUUUAAGUCUUUUGUGUUGUUGCUUUCAUCUCAUUGCAAAAAAAAUGUCACUUUCCCCAAUUUUGCAGGAAAAAUUCAAUGGCUUCCAUGGCAACGCCUUGUAAUGCAGUACAAAUGUGUAAAAUUGAACUCAAGUCAUGUGAUACAAUAGUAGGGCUGGGAAAUGUGGACAAAAUCAAAUAUCAUGAUGUCUUUGACCAAAUACCUUGACACUGAUAUUUUGAUGAUAUUGUAAGGAUGACUACUGGUGCUUUCAUAAGAUAUUUACAUAAGAGACUUUUGCUACACAAUCUUUAGUGAUGUGAAUAUGAUGACCGAGCAGGUAGAGA